AUGAAGGUCGAACCACUCCUGGUGGUGCAAAUGACUUCAAAAGUGGUAACGAAAAUUCCCACGCAUCUUCAGUUGCAGUUCACGUGCAAAGUGUGCAGCACGAGGAAUUCUAAGAAGAUUUCCAAAGUGGCUUACACGAAAGGAGUGGUGAUUGUGAAGUGCGAAGGAUGCAGCAAUAAUCAUUUGAUAGCCGAUAAUCUGAACUGGUUCACAGACGUCAAGGGGAGGAAUAUCGAGGAAAUUCUUCGGGAAAAAGGCGAAGAGGUCGUUCGAAUCAGCCAAGAGGAGUUUGUGGGCAGGGAAUCUUAG